CAGUACUGGUACGUGGUGGUGUUAUUAUUAUUAACUGUUGGGCACGGCGUAGCUGGGUGGUGAUGGCCGGAAACCCUAACAACUGGUGGAGCACCAUGGUCAACGCCGGCAGUGAUGUGGAUCCUCCGCCACCACUGCCGCCACCAUCUCACCGUCACGAGAGCCCACAUUUCUAUGCACCGUCCGUUUCUUUGGCCGACGAAGCCCCGACGGCGACCCUCCACUUUCCACGUCCAUUCAACCAACUCAUCAUGGAUGGUUUGGGUGGCAAUGAAAAUGAAAAGUUUGGUAUGGGUCAUUUUCAAUACAAGAAUAAUGUGGUGCAAGAGAAUUGGGAAAAUCACCAAAUUGACGACCCGUUUCCUAGAAUUGGACAGUUUUACCGUCACGAUCAUCGUCUUUCUGUUAUACCCGAACAUGAUGAUGACCAUCACCGCCAUUAUUUCCAAUCAGAGCCGCCGGCGGUGUUGUCUUCUCCGUCUCAUCGCCACCACCACCACCGCCGCCAAACAAGAAGCCAUUAUGAUGAGCCGCCGGGGAAGAACAAAACUGAUGAUGAGAGUGCUUCCCGACAUUCAUACGAGAGUAACAGCACAAGCACUGGUAGUGGAGGAGCAACUAAUAAGAAGGCCAGGGUUCAUAAUCAUAAUCAUCAUUCUUCAACCCAACCAUCAUUAAAGGUAAGAAAAGAGAAGCUGGGGGAUAGAAUAACAGCCCUUCACCAACUUGUUUCUCCAUUCGGAAAGACAGAUACAGCCUCCGUUUUGUCAGAAGUUAUUGGUUACGUCACAUUCCUUCACUCUCAAAUUCAGGCAUUAAGCGCCCCAUACUUUGGCAAUGCAGCAAGGAGAAGCAUGGCUCACAUCAUUCACCAACAAUCUCCAGAAUCAGGAGGAGACGUUAAUUAUAAGGAUCUAAGAAGUAAAGGGUUGUGCUUGGUGCCACUGUCAUGCACUGAUCAACACGUGAUAAGUGUGGGAGGAGGAGGUGGAGGAGGAGGCUGCACCACCACCUUCGACGGCGGCGUUAUUUUUAACAACGGCGGCGGCCCUGCUGCUGAUUACUGGCCUCCUCUUGGCGGAGGAGGGUUUUAAUAAUUAAUUUGAUUAAUUACAAGUAUUUCUUUAUUUGUUUAUUUAGCUAGUCUUUUUGUUCUUUCCUUUUCAAUUAACUUUUUAUUAAUUACAAAUAUCUUUUGAUUGAAGAUUCAAAGAUGAUGAUCAUAUUGGCCUGGUGGUGGUCAUGAGAUCAACUUAUUAACAGCUUUUUAGCAUUUGAUGGAGUGACAACUUCUAGGUGUAAAUCCUAAUUGGAUUUGUAUUUGGAAGAACUUAAGGUGGACUGUAAUGAAAAUUUAGAUGUUCAUGGUGGAAGGACAAUGCUAAAAGGUCCCCCAAUGUUAGCUUAUGUGGUAAGAUUUUAACAAAGUGGAGAGCAUCACUUAAGCAUGAGAAUGUAGAAGAUGAAGGUGACAAAAUUGAAGAAGGCAUUGAGUUGGAUUUCAGGCGUACCAGUCGUGAUAAGCUUCCAAUUG